CCUGGCUUUACAAAGAGGCGCCUGCGAGCUUUCACAAGCAAAGGCUCUGGGAGGAGCUUGUGACUGAGUGACCAGAGAGGACGUCGGCUCUGCAAGGAUGGACACAGCUUUUCCCCCUUUGAGGAAGUAAUUUCGGCCAAGCCCUGUCCCGCUCACAGCGCCCCCUCUCGGCCCGGGCAGCCCAUCAUGCCCCGGCCAUGAAGGGGUACCAUGUGAGCCGAAGCCUCUCCCAGCAUGCCCCGGGGCCCUGUCACUGCGGCCCGGAGGACUUUGAGGUGCCGCGUGACUAUGUGCCCCACCCUCACGACUACCAGGGGCACAAUGAUCUCCCCUACUACCCGCCAGGGGCGCCCCACGAGCUUCCGCCGCGCAGGAUGCCCGCCUACGGAGGGGGCACCUUCCCCCGUUCGCACCCGGUGCAGCAGCCUUACGACCCCCGCGGGGAGGUCCUGGCGCAGCACCCCCACUCGUCCCGCAAGAUGCACCGCGGGCCGCCCCACCCACACGAGCCGCUGGAGAGGCAGAUGGACGGGUUCCACACGCUGCAGUACCAGCGCGCGGCCAGCGGGGAGCAGCGCAGCGACAGCCCCAGCCGCAUCCGCCACCUGGUGCACUCCGUCCAGCGGCUCUUCACGAAGUCCCACUCCCUGGAGGCUCCCUCCAAGCGUGAGUACAACGGCCCCCGCUCCGAGCACCGCGAGAGGCGGGAGAGGGGCGGCGGGAGCAGGGGGGAGGAGGCAGGGGGAGGCGGCGGGCACCACCACCCCCCUGCCCAGCGCGUGCCCCGCUCUGCCCGGCGCAGUAAGAGCCACGACCGCAGCAAGAGCAGGGACUCCCACCACCGCAGCAGGACCGCCGGCUGGUGGAGCUCUGAUGACAACCUAGACAGUGACAGCGGCUACCUGGUGGCCAGCAGGGGGCGGCGAGGGGUGCCCCCAGGUCACCAGACCCUAGAGGGGGCCAUCCAGGACCUAACGCUGAGGGGCCUGAAGUCUAGAGGUCCCCCAGGGGAGUGUAUGUCCUGCUCGUCCUCAGCCCUCACAGGGGACCCUGGGCACUCUCUGAAGAAGAGCGCCUGGGCACCUAUGGCACCUGGCCAUGGGCGGGAGGUGUACCCUGCCGUUGGACCAGGGUAUGACAAGGCACUGGUGCCCCUUGAGUCUAAAGCUAAGGAGCGCGGCUACCACUACCUACAGGUGCCCUCAGAGGAGUGGGGCGGAGCCUAUGUGGGCGGGGCUCCAGAGGGUGUGGGGGAGAUCCCCUGCCGAAGGAUGCGAAGCGGCAGCUACAUCAAGGCCAUGGGGGACGAUGACAGCGUCGACUCCGACAUCAGCCCCAAGGCCACACCUAAAAACGCCCUGCUCGCCCAGAGAGAGGCCUUCCGACGAUCCGUCAGCAUGGACCAACACCCUUCCACCCGGACCAUGCCCAAGAGCCACGGCCGUACCCACAGCUGCUCACACGCACAGAUGGGAGAGUCGAUGUGCGAGUCUGUUUUUGGGGAGCUGGGGGAGUCGCAGGCCGUGGAGGCCCUUGACUUGCCGGGGUGCUUCCGAACCCGCAGCCACAGCUACGUGCGCGCCAUCCAGGCUGGCGUCUCCCAUGACGACGACUGUCUGCCCGUGUUCUCCCUGUCCGGCCCCCAAGGUGGGGCUAAAGGUGCAGCAGUGUUCCCCCACAAAAGGAAGGUGCCUCCUCCCCUCCCUCCCAGGAUGUCCAAGCCCCAGCUGUCUGUGACUGCACAAAGCAGCACAGAGUCCACCCAGGACGCCUACUUCCAGUCCACAGGGCAGCCAGCUCCCAGACGCCACAGACAGCACAGCAACUCUGUGGACGGCGUAGAGGGAGGUGGGGGCCGGUCGUCCAGGAGCGGGUAUUACCCGGGGCCGGGAAUGGGGCACGUGAAUCAGCACAGCAAUUCCGCAGAGAGCCUCGAUGGGACCAGGGGGCCCCAGGAUGCCUGCAUCCCGGGGAGAGGGCCGGGGUCAAUGAGGCCCAAGCACAGCAACUCUGCAGACAACCUGCUGGAGAGCGGCGGCGGGGGCCGGGGGAUGCGGGAACAGGCCAUAGGCUCUCUGGGAAAGUCUAUUUCCCUCCCUCACAACGGGAAAGGCGGCAUGAGAGCCCAGGACGAGCGCACACAGGAUGGGCAUGCGCGGAAGUGGAGGCCGUCCAUCGCCGUGCAGGUGGACAGUUCGGAGAAUCUCUCUGACUCAGACCCGGAGGGUAGGGCUUUGAGGGAGAUGCAAUCCAUCGGUGUCCAGGUGGAAGACGACAAGAGGCGCGGGCGAUUCCGGCGCUCCAGCAGCGUGAUGGCGAGUGUGCAGGCAGACCUGGAGAGGGAGGAGUUCCAAGGGAGGGGUAUUUCCUCGCAGUUUGGCGGCUCCUUCCAGCGCCACACCUCAGAACCGGCGGAGCCCCGUACUGUCCAUACGCAGAACCAGUGGGCCUACCACGACAACUACCGUCACCCCAACGAGCCCUGCCACGUCCCCGCCCACGCCCCCGGCCACUCCCGCUCCCCGACGCCCCUGGCCUCGGAGCACGGCUGGCCCGAGGGCCCCCACAGCCUGCCCGGCUCCGCCCGUGCCUCACCCUACCCCCGUGACGCAGAGUUCUUCCUCCGCCUGCUGCACACGGAGGUGGAGAGGGUGGAGGGCUGGUGCCAGGCGUUUGAGAGGGAGGCAGAGGAGAGGGAACUGCCUGAGGAGGCACUGGCUCAGAUCCGCAGCGCCGUGGGGAGUGCCCAGAUGCUCAUGUCUCAGAAAAUCCAACAGUUCUUCAGACUGUGCCAGCAGAGCCUGGACCCGUCGGCACACCCCCAGCCAACCCCUCAGGAUCUGGCAGAGCUCUGGGACCUCCUACAGCUGGCCAUCGAGGAGGUGCGCCUCAAUUUCCAGGAGCUGCAGCGCCUCAAGGACUCAGGCUGGCGGCUGAAGGUGAGAGGGGUGCCGCCGCCCCAACCUGCCGAGGAUAAGAGUAUCCCUCCCCCUUUACCAAAGAAGCCGAGCGGGGGCGUGAGUGGCAGCAGAGGACGUGGUGGGGGGGACAUGGGCGUGGCCCGAGAGGUCCCCGCCCUCCCGGCGCGGGAGAAGUCUCUGGACCUGGGAGACCGUCAGGGCCAGGACCCACAGGGGCGGCUGCUGCAGGCCAAGCGGGCCCACUCCUUCCGCCAGAACUCUGCUACCGAAAGCGCAGACAGCAUCGAGAUCUACAUCCCUGAAGCACAGACCCGUUUCUGAGCCCCGGCCCAAACCCCACGCGUGCACACACUCGCAUAAGCUCACACACGCUC